AUGCCGUACAUCAUCCCACAUGUCAGAGAUCUCGACCCUCGCCCUCCUCGCAUGCUCAUUGGACAUCGUGUCCUGCCAGAAGCCAAUCCUUUGAGACGAUUCGAGGAACAUAAGAGAAAGACCUGGGCACGAGACUAUGCUUACCUGUGCCUGGUAGGCAUCAUCCCUGAUAUAGAACCCAGCAAGGGUCGUCCUGAUCGCCGCCUCCCUCGAGCUCCGCUGCCUCCGGGAUCACGUGCGCGCAAACUCCUUGGGAAGCCCCUGCCGCUCGAACUUCCCGCUCCGCCCUCGCCGCCGGGCCCGUCGCCGUCGCCAAGACCCUCGGAGCAUCUCCUCCACCGCGAUCUCACCACCUCGAGCCCCCUAGGCCGGUCAAAGAGACCGGUCGUCCCGGUGACAGUUGGGAGCGACGCGCCGUGGAAACGUAUCUUCGGACGCAUACCUCCUCGGGUUCUUGCUACCAUCCCCGAGAACAUCAACAACAUAACAAUGGCUCCUCGUCCCACUCCUGACGAAGAUCUUUGCCUCGUGCCUCGGGGCAGCGAGAAUGCAGUCCCUACUGUUCGUGGAAUCAUUGAAGAGUACUAUGAGGAUAGGGAGUACCAGCAGAGUAGCGUCCAGAAGGAAACUCCUUUGAAGGAGAAGAGAACCCCUGUCUAUCUGUCGCCCGAGCAGGCCAAGUACACAGCAGAGGUGAUCCGCAGAUCGAAGGUGGACUCCGCCGUCCGCCCAACUUCCGUUCGUCUUCCACCCAAGGCCAAGCAGGUCCUUGGCUCUCCUCAGCCGAUCAACAACAACAGUGAUUGGCAUCUCUCGAACAACGUCGAGAAGACUCCUCUUCACUCCAAAGGCAACUCUGUCAACUCACUCAGACACAGCGCGUCAUCCAAAGUCGCCAGUCUGCUCACCCCUACCAAGGCAAGAAAGCCAUCCACUUCCUCACUUGCGCACGACAAAGUGGUGAAGCACACAUCUUCCUCUUCUUACCACACAACAAUUUCGCACACACACAAGAACACAAGACCUUCUUCUUCCCCCAUCAAGCACUCUUCUAUUCUCUCUUCAAUCAACAUGUCUGCUCACGCCUCGCCCACCAAGCAGGCUGCUGCCGGCGCUUCUUCUGACAAGGGCUCUGCCAAAUCUCCUGUCUCCCCCAACAAGCCUACCACUUCGCCCAAGAAGGAGGUCUCUGCUAUCAAGCGCACCAUGUCGACUUUGUUAACACCCAAGCGCGCUCGCGAAGAUGUGCCACCUCCCCCACCUAAGAAGGACACCCCUCCAUCGAUCACCGAGAAGCCUACCAAUCUCAAGAUGUCGUCUAACAUCAUCGACGUUGGUAGACCUUCGGACGCCUACUCUGGCAACGGUUUUGCGGCCACUGUCCAGAAUAUCGACGACGAGGCUCAGUCCACCAAGUCUCGCGAAACCAUUACUGUCGCCUUCGAUGACGACGACAACGACGACGACUGCAGCCCUAUCAAGCAGGUUAAGUCUGGCGUUGUUAAGAUGGCCCAUCAGCCCUACUCGCCCUUCAUCGGUCAGAAGGCCACCUUCGAGGCCGACCCCAAGCUUGUCAAGGAGAUCAAUGAAGAGUUCCAAUCUCCUCCUAUGGACAGUAAUCUCUUCCACAGCCCUCAGCUUGGCAAGAAGGUCUCUCCUAAGUCUGCUGAGAAGGCCAAGACUCCACGCUACAUGCCUGAUGGUCUGCUUGAGGGUGGUUUGCUUCCUCCUACUACUUACCAGCCUCCUGAGAUUGGGGAGAAGGCCAGACCCCAGACCGAGAUCUACUCUCCUUCGAUGUACAGUGUCACCAAUGGACACGAUGUCUUCCGCGAGGCUGUCUCGACCCCUGUCGUGCCCUCGAACUCGCCGACCAACGACGACAAGCAGGUCGAUGGCACUCUUCCUCGUACUCGCAUUCCCGGUAUUCAGUACAUCAAGACCGUCCAAGACAACGAGUAUGUCUACCGUCCCGAGGAUCACACCUUCAACCGCUACCGUGGCGAGACCCCAGUCAUGACCCACGACUUCGCUACCACUGGCGCUCAGCAGACUCAGGAACGUUCUGUCAGUGGCCCUGCCACCGUUCAGACCCCCACCAGCAACGCCACUGGCUACGAUGGCAUGCCAUUCGAGCACCCUAGCGCUGUUCCUCCUCCCCUCCGUCGCACCUCCCGCGACAACUCGAGCCGUAGCUCAUCUGGUCGCUCUCUUCGUGACCGCUUCAAGGAGGCUGGCGGCCUAGGCAUUGAGCUCGGCGAGUCUAUCAACAGCUACUACAAUCACGACAACGGCACUACCCUUGGCGUCGAUGGCGAUGGCAACUUUGAGAGACGCCGCGCCAUUGUCGCCAUGAGAUCCCCUGACUACUUCAGUAAGCAGGGCAGCUUCGACGCUCCUGCUUCUCAGCUCCCCAUGUCUGGUGAGCGCAAGUACAGAUCCUUCAUCGACGAGUCUUACAAGGGUUUGGAUCGUGCCGAGCACACUCGCCAUGAUGUUCAGAUGAGCAAGCUGGAUGCCCUGACCGAGAAGAUCGACCAGAUCUUUGCAGACAACCUCAAGCUUCGCCAGGAUGUCAAUGCUAUUGUUACUGAUAAUCGCAAGCACCUCGACAUCAUGGGCGCUGAAAACCGCAAGCAUCGCGAGACCGUCGAUGUCAUCGCUGCCAAUAACUACCUGACCCGUGAGAACCUCGAGACCAUCGUCACCGAGAACCGCAAGAUGCGCAACUCUAUCUCUGACAUGGCUGAGCACAUUCUUGAUCACGAGAAGCUGGAGCUGCUCGUCGACAAGAUUGUCGAACGCCUUCACCCUACUAUCGUCAGAGGCAUUGAGAAGAACGACCUCAACACCGAGCGCAUCCUUGCUUGCAUUGACAAGCGCCACGAGCAGAUGCUCCAGGAACUCAACCCCCACAAGUACAAGCAGGGCAAGAGUGUCCGCGCUUCUCCCAGCUCCUCUGCUGGUCAAUUCUCACCCAGCUCUCAGGGUUUCUUCUCACCUAGCUCCAAUGGCUACUUCUCGCCCAGCUCUACUAAGGGUUACCGCAAGCCUGGCAAGUACACUGAGGAGCCCUCUGAACGCUAA